AUGACGCACGACAUGAUGAAGAACUCGCUGGAUCUGUUGGGCUACAAGGUGAGCAGAGUGCGCGUGACCGCCCUGGUCGGCAACACCUACCACGCCCGGGUACACUACAAGCGCGCCAGCGACAAUGGAUCGGCGGAGGAUGAGGUGGACGUGGACGCGCGGCCUUCGGACGCCAUCAACCUGGCCGUGCGGUUCAACGCGCCGGUGUUUGUCAAUCGGGGCGUGGCAGAGAGGAUGGCGCACUCGGUGCGGGGGUACGAGCAGCCCGCCCUGGACGUCGUGCGGAGCUGCCGGGAGGAGAUGAAGCACAUCAAGGACCCCACUGUGAUGCUGAAGCUGCAGCUGCAGAUGGCCAUCGCAGAGGAGAGAUAUGAGGACGCCACCAGGAUCCGGGAUGAGAUAGAACAGCUGCUGUCCACAAACAGGGCAUUGACACUUGUGGUUGCGCUGGAGAGCGCCCUUGAAGGCCAGCGCUUUGAGGAGGCCGUCGCCAUUCGGGACGAGCUGGUGAGACUGCGGGAGGGUUCGACAGAGACAAUGAAGAGCAAGGCCAAGGGGUGGCAAGGGGAGUCGUGA